AGGAAGUUAAUUCUAAACUUCAACAAGAAAUUGUCAGUCUCAACAAGGAAAAGGCCUCAUUGGAGCAAUUAAAUGUUACUCUCAACAGUGAUUUGAUUAAUUCACAUGAACAAGAAAAGGAAAGAGCCAAGAAGGUCAAUGAGCUGGAAUCGACAUUGUCCCUACUUGAUGAUGACAAGAAGAGACUCGAACUUCUCAUCAAGGAAAAUGAAACACUCUCCGAGGAACGUGUUCGUACUGCUUUGAAUGAAUCCGAGAGUAAGGAUGCUCGUAUCACAGAGUUGGAACAACAAAAACAAGAUCUCACUACUCAUGUGGAAGAGUUAAAGACUAAAAUCAGUGAUAUUACCAAUAACCAAUCCAAUUAUGAUCAACAACUUGUGUCUGAAAUUGAAAAUCAAAAACAAUUAAUCACACAAAAAACACAAGAAUUGGAAGAGAGAAAUGCUAAAAUUGUGGAAUUGGAUAGCCAUGUCCAAAAAUUACAACAAGACCUCUCUAAUGAAAAGGAACAAAGCACUAAGAGUAUGAAUGAAAUCACAUCACAAAUUGAAGCACUCAAAUCAGAAUUAUCUGCAGCCACUGAGAGUCAUGCUAUAGUUUUGAAUGAAAAGACCACACUCCAGAAUGAUAUUCAAAUUCUUGAAAAUGAUAAGAAUCAAUUAAGUAUCCAACUUAAAGAAAUUCAAGGACACCACGAAAGCCUUCAAGCUUCUAUUUUGGAAAAUGAAAAACAAAAACAAGGUUUGCAAACAUCUCUAUCAGAAUACGAAAUCAAAAUCGCUCAAAACUCUGAACAAAUUAACUUGUUACAGGCACAAAUCGAAAGUCUCAAACAAGUUGAAACACAACUCCAAAACUUGAAAUCUGAAAAUGAACAAUUACAACAACAAGCCACCUCUUAUACCGAGUUAUUAAAGAAGAGAGAGGGCGAACUUACCAAUCAACAAGAAAAAGAACAACAAUUGUUACACCAAAAGGAAGAGGAGAUUAAAAGUAUUCAAACCAAAUAUCAAGAAAGUAUCAAAAAGAGAGAUGUCAAAUUGAAUAACAUGGAAAGCGAAAUCCAAGAAUUGAAGAAAGCCUUGGAAUCUGCCACCUCUGAAAAGAAUCUUCUUAAUACAACUAUUGAACAACAAAAGAAGACAUUUGAAGACAAACUUGACGAUAUUAAUACACGACACCAAGAAGAAAAGAAGAAUCAAGAAAAGCUAGCAGCAUCUCUUACAGAAACAUUGAACGAAAAGAAUACUUUGGUGGAAAAACUCAAGAGUGAAAAGAAUGCCCUAGUUGAAGAAAGAUCUCAAUUGAAAGCUAAAGAGGAACUUUUACAAACAACCAUUGAACGCUAUCGUGCCGAAACAGAGGUGGAAUCCAAUAAUAAUAAGAAGAAGGGUGUUAAGCGUGAUUCUCAAGAUGAUACUGCACCAACAUCUUCCUCAACAAUGGACCCUCCAAAGAAGAAGGUAAAGAAUGACACACCUGCUAAGAAAGAAUUCAAAGUUAUAUUUUCUGGUUUUAAUGACAAGAUUGCCAAGUAUACUAAUGCUUUCAAGAAGACUUUGGAGGAUUAUGUUAAGGAAUUAGGAGGAGUUAUUGUUGACGAUGUAGAUAUGGGAGCAACACAUGUUGUAGCACCACCUGGUGUCAGAACAAUCAAGGUUCUCCAGGCAGCAGUUGCACACAUUUGGAUCAUGAAUCCUGAAUGGCUUGAGGAAUGUAAGAAACAUUCCAAGCUUGUUGACGAAUCUUCUUUUGGUAAACUGAGAGAGGAAGAAUUAUUUAAGGGAAAGAAUGUCGGUUUUACUGACGCAUUUAAAAAGGAAUGUGAUAAUUCAAAGUAUAAGGCUCAAAAAAGAAUGACCAAUGCCAAAACUCUUGUGGAAGGAGGGUCAGGAGCUGUUACUGAAAUGGAAGAAGCUGAAUUGAUUUUAGUGUCUGCUGAGGAAAGUCUUUCUGCAAACGGUAAAACAAAGAGAGUUUUUACUUGGGAAGGAUUCCUUGAUUACAUUUUCCCAAAGAAUUAAUAUUUUUCUAGCUUGUAAAUAAAUAAUUUAUUUUGAUUCCUCCU